AUGGAUCCAUCAUUUUUCAGUGUCAGUAUUGUGAGCGAUCAUUUUCAAUCAGUUCAAAUCUUCAGCGACAUAUGCGAUCAUUGUGACCGCUGCUUUGGACAGCAAACCAACUUGGACCGUCACAUUAAAAAACACGAAUCAGGUGGCACUUCCGGAAUCUCUAACGCAAAUGCACCACUUCGAGAACCGUUGAAUGCACCUAUCAGAGCAUCCUCUGCUUCAUUGCCAUUCUCGGCUCAAAAUCUUUUCUCCAAACUCACACCCCCUGCCCAACCUAUUUUCUGA